GGUGUGGCUGCCACUCAAUAAUUGAGAAGUAGAUCUAGUGCUAAGAGACUAUGGUGGAUUACUCGAGGAGGAAUUGGAAGAUUCUGCCAAAUAGCAAGCAGUUAUCCAUCUCUGUGACUGUUCCUGACAAUAAGUUUAUACCAGGUUAUGGUGGAUUUUGUCCCACAGUCCGUUCAAACUAUGGAAUAACAUACAGCAAUGCUACGAGGAGUUUCUACAAGGAAAGCCGUCAAGAUGUCCUAAACACGAGUCGUAAGCAGGUCAAAGGGAGUGGAGAAAACAACCCUGCCAUUGUUAAUUCUGCUGUAGUUGUUCAACCAAAGCCACAACAGAAGAAGCAAGAAGGAGAUCUGUGGAUAACACCACUCCCUUACACUCUCCACCAUACUAGCUCUAGGAGAGAGAAAAUGCUUGAACUUGACAAGUCGGCUCAGGUCCACAGACAGUUCUACAAAGAUCAUUCUGGAAUGGUUUAUCCAAAUAAGGAUAUAAGGCAAAGGGCUCAUUCAGCUCCACCCAACUGGAGGAUGCAGAUGCUUCACACUGUGCACAAAUACGAUCCAUUGCCUCAGCUCUCUCCAUCUCUAUCAUCAAUAUCUUAUGUUCGUCAAACCUCAACUCUCAACACUCAGUUCUUACCAUUUGAGAGAAGAGGAUCUGUGAGGGAGAGAGCUACUAGAGAUUCCUUCUUUCAAAAACGUUGAAAGAAACAGCAUUUGACAGAUGAUCAAGAUAUGCUACAUAAAAACUUAAUAAUGCAUAUACAUGUAGGACUUUUUUUUAAGUAAUACCAUAAAGUUAUAACCCAUGUACACUUUAAAUUGUACUAUGUAUCACUUUUCAUAGCGUGAGAUUAUAAUAUGAACGGAAUUAUUUAUCAUAAA